UCAAAGUCUAAUUGGAUCAAAGUACUUCGCACGUCUUGGGUAUCGCCACCCAAAUGGCGAAUAAUCGUUGCCAGCUCCCAGUUUCAUUUUGGUGUCACUCUCCGCUACCGCUGUUCCCGUAAUCGCUGGCAGCAUGAGCGGAUCAAGUGGAAUUUCGUUCUCCCUCUCACCCUUUCUGCUCCGUUGAUCUCCGCUUUUGUUCGCCAAAACGAUGGUGGUGGAGAUGAUCAUAAGGAUGCCAACAGUAAAAGUAGUCUGGGCAUGUUCUCCACUGUGGUUUGUGCAACGAAUUUAUCUCCUGAACGCUUGGCCGCAAUCAAAUCCCUCAACAUACUUUCAAAGGUUGUUGAAGAGGUCUCUCCUGCUGUAGUCUCUAUCACCGCCGUUGGGCAUCUAUUCCAAGCACACGCUUCCACUGGUUCGGGUUUCAUUGUCGACGACACUGGUUUGGUUAUUACAAACGCCCAUGUCGUGGGCUACAAGCAAGCCUUGAAAGUUUCAACUCCGAAUGGGCAAGAAUUUGGAGCCAGAGUUCUUGCACUUGAUGUAAACUCGGAUUUGGCACUUAUUCAGAUUUUGGCCGACGCUGAGACGCUGAAGAAUCUUCCAGUGCUUAACCUGGCAUCUGGGGAACAGGCUAUUCGACCGGGCGAUUUCGUGAUCGCUUUGGGCAGUCCAUUGUCGCUCUCCAACACUGUCACGGCAGGAGUCGUGUCUGCUGUCGAUAGGGACUUGGGGAAUCGCACCGGGCUCAAGUACAUCCAAACUGACGCCAUAAUCACGUUUGGAAACUCAGGCGGUCCAUUGGUGAGCCUCUACGGCGAGGCGAUAGGGGUGAACACAAUGAUAGCAGACACGGGCCUGAGUUUCGCCAUCCCCAUCGACCAGGUGCAUCGUUUCCUAGCCACGGCGAAGGAGGCAUUGGCAGUGGAGCAGGAGCAUCGGCGCCAAGGCCGUUCUUAUAGCACUCCAGAGAGCUCUCCACCGCCAUCGCCACGUUCGCAACGCUCGAAGUCGUGGCAGUGGUUCGGCAGUGGUAACGACGGAGCAGCAGCGGAGCAGGACGACGCCUCUGUAUUUGUCGAAUCGGGAAAGCGGCAGACUCGCUACCUGGGGCUCGUUAUGCGGACUCUCACGCCUGAAUUGGUCUCUGAGUUGAUAUCGCUGGGCCAUCUGCGUGCCGGUGGUAGCACUGAUAGCGCUCACUGUGCAGGUGUCUACAUUCAGGGUGUCAUUCGUAAUUCUCCGGCCGAAAGAGCUGGCAUAAGGCCCGGUGAUGUGAUUGUCGCCAUCAAUGGCACCAAGAUAAUUAACGCGAACGAAGUUGCGAAAAUCAUCGAAGAAGACGAGGUUUUCUCUGUGACGGUCCUUCGUAACGGUGAACAGGUGGACAUCAGUGACGUCAAACCAGAGGUCGUUUAG